AUGAAUUAUAUCCCGAUUGAUCUCAUUAUCCAGAUAUCCUCGAGAUUGCCUGCAAAGUCAAUCGCUAGGUUUCGUUGCGUGUCGAAGCUAUGGAGUUCCACGUUUCACCGUUCAUAUUUCACUGAGUUGUUCCUAACCAGGUCCUCUGCUCAUCCACGUCUCUUAUUCGCCCUCAAAAGAGAUGUCCCUAUAGAUCGAAACAGUGAGUGGCUCUUCUUCUCGUCGACUCAACCUCCUAACCCGUAUGGCAAGGCGUCUCUUCUAGCUGCCUCAUAUUCUCAUUUGAAGUGUCCUGAAGACACGUGGCUGGACUUUUGUGGCUAUGUCUCUGGUUUGAUCUGUUUCACUCAUGAUGUGUGGAUCGCAAAAGGGGAUGAGCGUAGAGUGCAUGUGAUAUGUAACCCUAGUACAGGUCAGUAUGCAAGCUUACCUUCAUUGAAAAUAUACAGAAACUCGAGAAGCUAUUUAGGAUUUGAUCCAAUUGACAAGCAAUUCAAGGUAUUGUCAGUGGCUGAUGAUGGUCAUAAAAUUCUGACACUAGGGAUUGGAGAAAUGAGUUGGAGGAAGAUACAAUGUUGUCCUUUAUCUUUAUCUCGUUGUUUUUCUCAAGGGAUAUGCAUCAAUGGGGUUUUGUAUUACUUUGCUCAAUUUGAUGGAACUUAUAGGAUAGUUUGCUUUGAUAUUAAAUCUGAGAAUUACAAACUCAUUGAUGUAGAAUUAUUUUAUUUUGAGGGGAAACUGAUAAAUUAUAAGGGUGAAUUAAGUGUGAUUCUUUGGAAAUAUGGAGACAAUGGAACUAUGGAGCUGUAUAUGCUGAUUCUAGAGGAUACGGAAAAACAGAGAACUUCAAAAUAUGUCUACACUUUGGAGGAUGAUAAAUAUUUUGAUCGCUACAAUGAAGUUUCGGUCGCUGGAGUCACAGCUACUGGUGCAAUUGUGUUCUCGGUGAGACGGAUGAGACGAAUACGUAAACCGUUUCGUGUUUUCUACUUCAAUCCCGAAAAGGACACUCUCCAAAGUAUUAAAAUCAAAGGUUUUGGAGCUGAGUUUUACGCUUGGAACAAUGAGAUUUACACCUUUGUAGACCAUGUAGAGGAUCUUAGGUUUGAUAUUACGAAGACAACAUAUUGCUGCAACAUCUACAAGCCCCCCAUAACAGGUCUUGAUGCGUUUGGGAGCAUUAACAAGUUUGGUGCAUUGUGUCUUUCAGAUGAUGAUUGA